UAGAUGCAUCACUGAAUUUCCAGAGCUACAAGUCAGGUCUGUUUUUGUCAUCAUGUGUGCUGAUGAUAACUCCUCAUUUUUUCUGCUAAUAAGCACCUAAAUCAGAUACUGUAAAAUUAAAACCAUAUAUAACAAGACAAAAAGCCAGUCUGCUUUUUAUUAGAAGGUUGUUGAUAUCACCAUAAUUCAAACCAAUAUGUAAAAUUAUGUAAACACAAGCAACUGUUUUCAGCUCGUGUUUUCAAGCACAUGAAAAAGCAGACUGCAGGUCUUUAUAUCCAAUUGAAAUUCUUUUUUAUUUAUGGAAAUUUUGUUAAAUUAAUCAGUGAGUAAACUGUGAGGAAACAGAACUCAGGGGAGAUCCAUUUAUGGAUAACAUAGUUUAAUCAUAAGGAAAGCAAACAGGAUCAAUAGGCGGGAUGACGGUCGGGGUCACGGAGCAAGAGGGUCAAAGCCAGCGGAGUCAGUCCAACAUGGGAGCUUGGGACAGGAGGCAUGUAUGCUGGGAGAAGCCGGGGAAUCGGAAUAGGUCUGGAGACUGGCGGGCAGGGGGGGUCAGGGCUUAACGGGACACAAAAGCAGGCGCACUCGGUAAAGGACAUCAACAAUGCCUCAGGCAGAGUGUGAGGCAGCCUGGGGUUUAAAGGCAGGGGACAGGUGCUGAUAGUCAGGGCUGAACCAAUUGGGGGAAAUAUAUAAUCAUGAUUUUUCCUACAGAUAUUGUGACUGUAAUUUGAUUUACGAUACGAUUUUUAAAAGUCAAGCUCCAGAUCAAUAUUUAGAGUGUAAUACAUUUAAAACAUAUGAUACAGCAUUACUGGGACUUUCAUACAAUGCAGUGGAUAAAGUUUACAGAGAAAGCUGCACUAACCAAACACACUGAGGCAGCAGUACUUAUAUGGAGAGCAGUCAGAGGAAACCUGCCAGACUUGUUAAAACCAACAAGAAAACCAAAAAGUACAAAAGGGCCAUCUCAGUACAAGGGUGUCUACACAGUCUGUCCAUACUAUGAAUCCAUGCAUUAAGAAAUUUCAGCUUGAUCUGGAGGCAAAAAGGCAUCAUAACUGGUGACAGAAACCAUCAGCGUACGAAUAUGGACUCCAGGGAAACCCAGCAGCAGCUGCUUGAUCUCCAGGCGGAGCUUGAUCAACUUACCCAGCUUAUAGAGCUCAUGGAGGCAAAUGCUGGAGAGAACGCAGUGCCAUCCCCUGUUCAGCACACUGCUAGUCUGGAUUAUGUGGCACAACUGAGAAUGGCUUUCGAGUUGGCAGCAGCUCAUAGGAUCAGUAGACUCCUGGGCUCCUUCAACGAAGUGCUCGACAAUCCAGCGGUGGAGAGAAGUCUCGGGGAUCACCUUGGGGCCUCAUAUUCGCCACCACCCCCAGUCCCACAGCAUGGGGGGGUGGACCAACCAGGUGGUCACCAAAGACCUCCAACUGGCCUGUCAUCUCACAGAAUACACCCAAAAUACCAGAGUAAGGAGGUGCAUCCUGAUACUGCAGUUAACAGUGACGAAAUGAAGACCCAGCAGGAGCUGAAGCGCUAUAAUCCCAGGGACAGUACCUUAAAGUUUGUGAAAAGGAAGGAUGACAUCACCCUGGAUGAUGACCCAGAGAUCCUGAGGGCAGAAAUGUCCUGUGGCCAUGCUGUCAGUCCAGAGUCUCUGACUGCUUGGUGUCAAAGUCUCCUAGAUCAGGGUCAGUACAAGUUCACGUGUCCAGCUCUGAAGGAUGGAGGGAAUCAGAAGUGUGGGAAGGAGUGGCCCUACCAGGAGGUUCGGAAACUGGCAGUGCUGACAGACAGCGAGCAGAGAUAUUUUGAGGAGACCAUGGCAACUCUGGCUGCUGCGAAUUUCCAUGAAUAUAAAUCAUGUCCCAAAUGCAAGUCCUUUGUGGAGAGGGAAGACUUGACCAAUCUGAGCGUGCACUGCACAGUCUGCACUGCUGAGAGGGGUCGCAACUAUGAAUUCUGCUGGCAGUGCCUAAAUCAGUGGAAAGGACCUGGGCCACGAUCUGACUGCUGCAACAACAAUGGCUGUACCAACAAGGAUCUGGACCUGCUCCAGAAAUGCCCCAUGACUAUUCUGCCAGAGGUGGAGAACGUGCAGUGCCCCUCCACACGAGCCUGUCCCACCUGUGGCCUACUGAUCGAGCAUGACAAGAGUGGCUGCAAGAACAUAAUCUGCUCGAGGUGUCAGAAGGAGUUCUGCUUCGUCUGUCUGAAGCUCACCCCUGAGUGUCUACAGACCAGCAGUCACUACACACCCUGUUCUGAUGGUGUUGCCCCCAGACAGACAUCAAUGCCAACCUGGAAAAGAAGUUAGAUACAAUUCCAGUUAAUUUACUCCCCCUACACACAAAUCAUACAUUUUCUGCUUCAUAUGCUACAGAACUAAUAUAACUUAGUUACUGUUACUUACAGUACAGAUCUAUUUGUGUGUAUUUGCUCUGUCUGUAAAUGAAUGAUUUGAUUCAUUAAGUAUAUUAACUCAUCUAAUCAAAAUGGUGCUGCAAUAAUGUCAUAUAAAUCAAACAACCAGACAUCAUUCUUUUAUCGGCAGGACAAUGACUGGCCUUGAUGGUUAUUUUAACUUACAUUAAAUAUUCUGCUUGUA